AUGAAACGGAAGAGAGCGUUUUCGCUACGAACUCAGCUGUUUAACAAACAGCUUCACCAUAAAUUCCAACGAGACUACGAAGUAGAGCCUGAGAUGGAUGGCUCGCGAUUGGAAGUCGAAAGCUGCCAGAGCAACAGGUUUAAACGUGACACCAUGAGCCGAUUUAUGGAUUGGUUGCUGCGAAGGAAUAGAGACCAGCGCACAAAGCCGGGGCGGCUGAUUCCGCUGAGUCUUGACCGUUCGGAUGGUGUUUUUCGUGAAUUCACGGGCGAAUAUGGCGACAAAUUGAUUGACCAACGCAACCAUAAGCCAUACAAAAACAACGUUAUCACAUCAUCGCGGUAUACAAUAUACACAUUCCUACCGCGACAGCUAUAUGCCCAGCUUUCACGUCUCGCAAAUGCCUAUUUCUUCCUUGUGGCGGUGCUGCAAAUGAUACCAGGAUGGUCGACAACCGGUACCUAUACCACCAUCGUUCCCUUACUUAUCUUUAUGAGUAUUUCGAUGUUACGUGAGGCAUGGGAUGACUUUCGCAGACACAAGCUGGACAAGGAAGAAAACAAUAAACCCGUCAAGGUCCUAGUUAAAGACCCCAACUUUACGGCCUCCGACGCUGGUCCAACAAGGUCCAAUAGCUUUUACACAUCGCCUCAAUGGCAGCAGAGUGCUACAUCAACGAGCGCACUAAAUCGUACUUAUCCCGAAUCUAUUGAAAAUACUGAUUCAUCCUUGUCGCCGUCUUCGACUACGUUCACUAAUUGGAAACUUUUGGAACGCUCUUAUGGGAUCGAAGUCGUAGAAAGACAAUGGAAAGACUUAAAAGUUGGUGACUACGUUCUCUUAAAUCAAGACGAUUGGGUCCCUGCAGACUUGCUGGUCCUCACAUGUGAUGGCGAAAACAACAAUUGUUACGCCGAAACGAUGGCGUUAGAUGGGGAAACUAAUCUAAAAAACAAGCAACCUCUAACAGAGGUGAGUAAACAAAUAGAAACGGCAGCAGGGCUGGUCCGGUUCAAGGCCAAAGUUACGGUCGAAGACCCUAACAUAGAUUUGCAUAAUUUCGAAGGUAAUCUGGAAUUGCUGGACGACCACAGAAAACUUACCAUCGGAUCGGACCACAUUGUAUACCGAGGGAGUAUCAUAAGGAAUACUCAAAAUGCUAUUGGAAUGGUAGUGUUCACUGGCGAAGAGACUAAAAUUCGAAUGAACGCGAUAAAAAACCCAAGAAUAAAAGCCCCCAAGCUUCAGAGAGCCAUAAAUCUGAUCGUGCUAUUUAUGGUCUUAGUCGUCGCCUGUAUGGCGCUAUUUUCGUUUAUGGCUCAAAGAAUUUUGAAAAAAAGGUGGGUCGAUACGAACAGAGCCUGGUACCUUUUCAAUCAAGACGCCGGUCUUGCACCUACCGUUAUGUCCUUCAUCAUCAUGUACAAUACUCUCAUUCCGCUGUCUUUGUAUGUGACAAUGGAAAUUAUCAAGGCAAUGCAAAGUAAGCUAAUGGAAUGGGACAUAGACAUGUACCACGCGGCGUCCAAUACUCCUUGCGAGUCCCGCACAGCUACCAUUUUAGAGGAACUCGGCCAAGUUUCCUAUAUUUUUAGUGACAAAACUGGUACGCUAACUGACAACAAAAUGAUUUUCAGAGCACUUUCAAUAUGUGGCACCUGUUGGGUCCAUGACGUGGAUCACACAAAUGAUACAUUGGCCAGCUCAGAAUCAAAUGACAGCAAGAAUAUUGACGUUGUAUCCGUUGAUGAUAGAAGCUUUCUCAAAAAUUUCUCACAACCGGAACCUCACAUUGCUGUUUCGAGGAAAACAUCCAUAGAAUACAAAGGAAACAGUUCCACAACCUACACUGGUAGGCCAAGCAUGGCUUCUCGUAUUCAGCAAACGAACAGCCACACCUCAGAGACACACAGCAUAGACAACGUGAAUUCCAGGAGGGAAAGAAACAUCUUAGAAGAAACCAAGUCAUCUGUUGAACUCAUCAAAUACAUCCAGAGAAAUCCUUUUACCUUUUUUAGUCAACGGGCCAAGUUUUUUAUACUGUCUUUGGCUUUGUGCCAUUCGUGCUUACCCAGGAAAGCUUCAGAAUUGGAAGAGGACGACAGUGUAGAGUACCAGGCUUCGUCUCCCGACGAGCUUGCCCUAGUCACAGCUGCAAGAGAUAUGGGUUAUGCAGUCAUGAACAGAAAUGCUAAUUUUCUAGCUAUCAAAUCUUAUCCGGAUGGUUUUGAUAAAGAACCGCUGUUAGAAGAGUACGAGAUUUUGGAUAAUAUCGCUUUCAGCUCCCAGCGGAAAAGAAUGUCAGUCCUGGUACGUCUUCCCCAGGAACCUGGCAGGGUGCUUCUAAUUUGCAAAGGAGCAGAUAACGUAAUCCUUGAGCGAUUACAUAACAGUGAGCUCGCAAAUCAAAAAGCUGUUGAACUUCAAGAAACUACAAGUGAGCGCAAGACUGCAGAAGCGGAUCUGGUAUUGAAACAACGAAAAUCUUUGGAAACUACAGCCGCUGGUCGAGGAAGGAACUCUUUGAAAAGAGUUUCCUCACAGAGGCCAACAGUAGCAAGGCUUUCGUUACAAGCUGCAAGAAGAAGUCUGUCAAGAAAAAGUUUAGGCAAUGGUGAUCCGGAGGGACAAAUCAAUUCAAUUGAUGACUUUCUGAGUAACGUAGAGCGAGCUGACAAUCAAAUAAACGACAUUUACUCCAAAAGUCGCAAAUCUAUACACAAGCAGCAAAAGGAGCGGUACGUGGCUAACCAACAAAACUCUGCAGGGACAGAAGCUUCUGACAUAUCAUCUGACUUAUUGGCGAAAACUCCACCAGAUGUUACAGGAGGUGAACAAGCAGAAAACAUUGAGGACUACAUCGGAGAUGAUUUAUUGUUACAGAAUGAGGAGUAUGUUUUAGAAAGAACAUUACAAGCGAUUGAUGAAUUUUCUACAAAUGGACUCCGAACUCUUCUUUACAGCUAUAAGUGGAUUGACAACGAAGCCUACGAAAAAUGGGCUCUUGGAUAUCACGCUGCAAAAACAUCAUUAGAGAAUAGACAGGAGAAAAUGCACUCAGCUGGAGAAUGUUUAGAAACUUCUUUAAGCCUACUAGGUGUUACAGCCAUUGAGGACAAAUUGCAAGAGGGCGUUGCGGAUGCUAUCAAAAAAUUGAAGAGAGCGGGUAUCAAAAUGUGGAUGCUCACAGGAGAUAAGCGUGAAACAGCGAUCAACAUUGGUCACUCCUGCAAUUUGAUUCAUGAUUACUCUACUGUAGUGAUUCUGUCUGCUGAAGAUGAGAACAUGUCCUCAAAACUAACUGCGCUUACCCAAGAAAUUGAACGCGGAAACGUGGCCCAUUGUGUCGUGGUUAUAGAUGGCGGAACUCUUACGAAUUUUGAGGGAAACCCCACAUUAAUGUCCGUAUUUGUCGAACUAUGCACCAAAACUGAUUCAGUAAUAUGCUGCAGGGCCUCUCCAUCUCAAAAAGCUUUAAUGGUUAGCCACAUUAGGAACACGGACAAGUCAUUGGUGACCUUGGCGAUUGGUGAUGGGGCAAAUGACAUCGCUAUGAUCCAAUCUGCUGAUAUUGGUGUUGGUAUUGCUGGAAAGGAAGGCCUACAGGCAUCCAGAUCAUCGGAUUAUUCGAUAGGGCAGUUCAGAUUCCUGCUUAAGCUGCUGAUGGUUCAUGGACGUUACAACUAUGUUCGCACCUCGAAGUUUGUUCUCUGCACCUUUUACAAAGAAGUUCUAUUUUACAUCACACAGAUGAUUUUCCAAAGACAAACCCUAUUCUCAGGAACAUCGCUAUACGAGCCAUGGUCUCUUUCCAUGUUCAAUACGCUUUUCACUUCGCUUCCCGUCUUAUGCAUAGGAAUGUUUGAGAAAGACUUGAAACCCAUGACUCUAUUGGCCAUCCCCGAAUUAUACUCGAGUGGGCGCUUAUCAGAGGGUUUCAACUUGAGGAUUUUUCUUUUUUGGAUGUUAAUAGCUGCUGUGAACUCGUUGGUAAUAACAUUUUUGAAUUGGAAAAUAUGGGCGAUUUCAUCACUGACAGACAACACCAUCUACCCUAUUGGCUUAAUAAACUUUACAGCCAUCGUUACACUAGUGAAUGUAAAAAUUCAAUUACUAGAGACCCACAAUCGAAACGCCUUAGCCUUUGCAUCACUCAUAAUCUCAGUUGGUGGCUGGCUAGUUUGGUGCUGCUUGCUUCCUGGAAUAUAUUCGCAAGAUGGGUCCUAUGAUGUUUUAGUUGGACUUUAUGAUCAGUUUGGUAAGGACAUAACAUUUUGGUGCUCAUGUCUAGUGUUGAUUGUGCUACCAUUAAUUAUAGACAUCGUCAUAAAAACUGUGAAAAUCAUGGUUAAGCCAUCAGACUCCGAAAUAUUUAUGGAGCUAGAACAGAAGGAUGAAAUCCGAAAAAAAUUCGAACUAAAAGCCUUUAGUGAAUUGUGGCAAGGCUGGACUUGGGAUAGGGACCCAAGCACAAUUUCUAGAUAUGCUGAAAAGGUGCUGCAUCCCGGAAAUGAGUCAUUGAAGGCCGAUUCUAGUGGGAAUCAUACUCGGUCAAGAAAAUACACGAUUCCUAGCGCCACCGAGCUUCCGGAAGGUUCAGCAAGCAAGGUGUCGGUCCGCAGUGGGGCAGCGUUCAACCCUGAAGAAUUUGAAAUGCUACCCAGUGGAAAACUAAUAAAGCGACAAAAAGUUGGCUGCGCUGAACGUGAAGAAGAGGAACCUUUAGCGCAAAGGCUUGGUAAAAAACUUAGAUUCAAGCUCAAAAGUAAGGACGAAGACGUGGACGCUAUUAUCGCCCAGCGCCUGAGAGAUUUAGAGUGA